AUGCCUUCGAACAGCUUAUACGCUUCAUUGUCAAGCCAAUUUGAUGCCACUAGGAUUGAGACAGUCUUGGAUCCUAUGGGAUAUACAAUCAAGCGUCGUGAUGUUCCAGUGUGUCUUACAGUAGCUGGCUCUGAUUGUAGUGGAGGUGCUGGAAUUCAAGCGGAUCUCAAAACCAUGACAAGUUUAGGUGUCUAUGGAAUGAGUGCGAUUUCCUGCGUAGUUGCAGAAAACGCAGAGAGAGUAGAUAAAAUUGAAAACAUGUCUCCCUCCUUCGUCGAGUCCCAAAUCGAUUGUUGUCUUCGAGAUGUUCCUUGUAAUGUCGUUAAAACGGGAAUGCUCUGUAACGUGGAGAUUGUCAAGGUAGUCGUGAAGUCUGUUGUGAAAUACAACAUCAAAGAGCUUGUCGUUGACCCAGUAAUGAUUGCUACAUCCGGUGAUACUCUUUCAAAUGAAGAUAUCGUAGACACUAUUGUUAAAGACCUUCUUCCUGUAACAGCACUUAUUACACCGAAUAUACCCGAAGCACUAGCUUUCGCCAGAAGCGUAAACGUCGACGUUCCCGAAGUCAAUUCUAUUUCUUCAAUGGAACAACUUGCUUCAUUGAUACAUGGUUUUGGGACACGUUAUGUUCUUUUAAAAGGUGGGCAUAUGCCACUCAAUCAACUUGGGUUGAAGGCCUCAAAAGAAGAGCAAGGUGAAUCGGAUCUUCAAGUGGUUGAUAUUUUAUACGAUGGAGAAACCUAUCACCAUUUUGCUUCAACAUAUUUAAAGCAAGGUGAAGUUCAUGGUACAGGUUGUACCUUGUCCUCAGCAAUUGCUUCUUUCCUUGCUUGGGAUCAUAGUAUGCUCGAUUCUGUUCAGUUUGCCAUUGAUUACGUGCAUGGUGCUAUCUCCCAGAGUCCUCCCAUAAAUCUUUGUAGUACGAAUUUGCUGAACCAUAUGAGCCGCCUACGGAUCGCUCCUUUCGCUCCUGGCCACUUUUUGGAAUAUUUGCUUAGCCAUCCUAAGAUACUUCCUGUCUGGAAAGAAUAUACUCACCAUAACUUUACUAAUAUGUUAGCAAAAGGUAGUUUGCCUCUUUGUGCUUUUCAGGAUUAUCUCAAGCAAGAUUACCUUUAUUUACUUCAGUUCAGUCGUGCAUAUUCACUUAAAGGUUACAAGGAAUCAACCUUUCUCGGAAUAUUUGAAGCAGCUCAGUCUGUAUUUCAUGUGCUUCAAGAAAAAGAGUUUCACGUUUCCUUUUGCCAAUCAUAUGGGAUUACCAUGGAGGAUUUAAAAAGUUCUGAAGAAAGUCCAGCAUGUACUGCGUAUUCUCGAUUUAUUUUAGACACUGGCUCUCAGCAAGAUUUGGCUGCUCUAGAGUUUGCGCAGGCUCCCUGCUUAAUUGGUUACUAUUUGGUUGCUCGUCGUCUAAUGAAGGAGCCGUUCAGAGAUGUCAACGGCCCCUAUCAACGCUGGAUCGACAAUUAUGUUUGCGAAGACUAUUUCUCUGCAGUUCGCAGAGGAUGCCGUCAACUUGAGGAAAUUGUACUUACUCUUUCACCAGAACGAAUUCAACAAUUGGUUGAAGUGUUCAUUCGUGCUACAAAGUUUGAAAUUUUAUUUUGGGAAACCCCUUACCAAAAGUAUGUUAUUGAGCAAAACUUGAACGACCCUAGUCUUUAG